UGUACUGGUCACCACAGGGUUCUGGUCCACCCAUACACGACAGAAAGCCUGAUGAGGAACUGGACAACAGAAUAGACAAAUACUUAUGACAAAUGUUCUCGUUAUGGUAUAAUUAAGCAAUAAGGCCCGAGGGGGUGUGGUAUAUGGCCAAUAUAGCACGGCUAAGGGCUGUUCUUAUGCACGACGCAACGAGGAGUGCCUGGACACAGCCCCCUUAGCCGUGGUAUAUUGGCCAUAUAUCACAAACACCUGAGGUGCCUUAUUGCUAUUAUGAACUGGUUACCAAUGUAAUUAGAGCAGUAAAAAUACAUGUUUUAUCAUACCCGUGGUGUACGGUCUGAUAUACCACGGCUGUCAGCCAAUCAGCAUUCAGGGCUUGAACAACCCAUUUUGUAAAUAACUAUAUUUCUGUCAAGAGGAUGACUUUCUUUGCCAGCAAGACAAAAGAGAGUAUACAAUAGUGAAACUAGUUUACACCUGUUUAGAUCUCUCCCAUAGUUAACAUUGGGGUUUGUGUCUGCCAACUGCACAAAACUAAAUUAAAACCCAAACAAGAUAAAACCAUUACCUUUGAGAAGGACGAUCACAAUUAGGACAAUGUGAAAGGUAGUCAUUCCUUACAGCAACAAGAAGAGCCAAAUAAUUAGCAUGUUGUAUGAUACCAAAAGUCAGAUUUUAUGGGUUGAAUAGUGGAAGAAUUUCAUCCAGAUAAGAUAAAUUUACUAAAUUUGUCAUUAAAGUCUUACCUUAUGCCCCCAAAUAGUACCGCAACAAUUACAAUAACCAACUUUACUUCCUUAAGUUCAUUUCCUGAUGCUCUAGCUACACUCUUGAGGUAAAAAAAAUGUAGAGAUAUGAGUCAAACCCACUGUGGUUUCCAAUGUAGGUUUGUGUGAGCAAAUGUCAAUUGGAUGUGGAUAUCAGAAAUAUUUAAUGUGUAUGUUUAAAUCAUUGACCUUGCAAAGGCCUAAAGAAUAUAAAAGUGGAUUUGUUUUUCUACUUUAAAAGUUCCAGAGAGGGGUGAGAGAAAGACAGAGAGGGGUGAGAGAAAGAAAGAGAGGGGUGAGCGAUAAAGAGGUGAGAGAAAGACAGAUGUGUGAGAGAUAAAGAGAUCGAGACAGGGAUGAGAGAAAGGCAGAGAGAUUAUGAGAGAUUUUUUUUCUGCGUUCCUGAUCAUGCGUUAGUUACACUCAUACUCACUACCCCACAAUCCCCACCCCGUGGCAGCCCCUCUCUAGUAGAACACCAUGUACCUAGCUAACAGAGCUCUACCUUGUGUGCGAUGGAAGCCUCAUGACUCAGCUUUUCAGCAUGACAAAAUCUCUUCGGCAACCACAGGUUAGAGAUGAUUGUGUUUACAGUCCAACACUUAACCCUGGGUCAUAUCUCUAUUUCUCAUAUCUCCCUUACUGAUAGAGUGAGAGAGAGAAAAAACAUUUAGUUCCUUGACAGUUGCGGGAAUGUACAUUUUUAGUUACCCAUUGGUUCUGGGAACGAAGCCAUACGUUUCCUGACCGGUAAAAUGUUAUGUUUUUUAAACGUUCUGAAAACAGAAGUGAAAAUUUAGCCUGUUCUGGGAAUGUUAAUUUUUAGGGUACAGGGAGGUUCUGAGAACGUUUCAUUAUGGAACCCUGAAAGUUUUCCUGGAACAUUUUAUUAACAUUGAGAUCAAAAAUGAUAGGCUAUUUGAAGGUAAUUAAAUAACAUUCUGAGAACAUGUUUCAAUAACAAUGUUGGCCUAGUUUGGGUUAACUGUUUUGAACCCAUGGAAAUUCAUUUGUUUAGGAAUGUUUAUUGUUGUGGCAAGGCAUCUGUGAGAUUCAAACCUAUGAUCUUCUGUUUUCUAUUCAUGGAAUUAGUCCACUGCGCCAACAGGAUGUACAAACAGGCCCAAUUUCAAAGGAAACAAGCGCUCAUUAAGAUUAGGUGCCGAUAGAGAGAUUUUUGUUGAUGCUGAGAACGGAAUGUUUUUAAAUUAAAAAAAGGUAACAUUCUUGCAUAAAAAAAUAUGUAUUGUGUUUUUUAUAGAAAGUUAUCUUAAUGUUCUAAGAACAUGACGUUAAAUAGAACCAUGAGGAAAACCUGCAGAAAACAUGUUGAAGUACUGAAAUUUCCACCUAAGAAACAUACGGUUCUCAAAACGUAAUGUGCCAUCUGGGUAUCCUGCACCGUUCCCAGAAUGUUGUGGGAAGGUUGUGUUCAAAAUAACCAUAGGACAACCACACUCUCACCAAGCUCUAAGAAGGGGCGGCAGGCAGCCAAGUGGUUAGAGCGUUGGACUAGUAACCGGAAGGUUGCAAGAUCAAAUCCGCGAGCUGACAAGGUAAAAUCUGUCAUUCUGCCCCUGAACAAGGCAGUUAACCCACUUCCUAGGCUGUCAUUGAAAAUAAAAAUGUGUUCUUAACUGACUUGCCUGGUUAAAUAAAGGUAAAAAAAGAAACAUAAGGUUCUCAGAACAUUAUGUGCUAGCUGUAAUUAGCCAACAGUUUUCACAUUUACACAAAACUUCCUAAAAAUGUUUUGUUCAACCAUCAUCAUUGGUUGAACAGGAAAUAGGAAACAGGAAAUAUACAUGCAAUACUUUUGACACCACUCUUGUUAUAACUGCUUGUCACUCAUUUUACUGGAACCAGUUGGCUUUUAAGAUGUGUGUCAGUGCCAUGGUCACUACUGGUGUUUUCCUUGGACCUGUAGCCUCCUGUUUUGGCACCUCUUUUCACAACACAAUGAGCCCAUUGAUGUGGAUUGAUAUGAUGCUCAUUUUGUCUCAGGCCUGUGGCACUAGUGGUGUGGAUUGGAAAGCUGAUUACCCGAAGGUUGUUUUUACCAAAAUGGGAGAAGAUGUGACCAUUCCAUGCAAUGUUACCUAUCCCUCGUCCCCAUCUAAAGAGCCUGUCCAGGCCUACUGGAAACGCCUGGGAAAUACUAAACUAAACAUCAAUGAUAAUGACAAGAAUGAAUUCCUCUAUCACCCCAACAACACAUUCGUAAUCAAGAGUUUUCAGACCAGGACCAACCUGACAGGAAAUGUCACUAAGAGAAACUGCUCCCUGAAGAUCAAUAUAAUUCAACAUGGCGACAUGGGGCGCUUCUACUACUUGAGAAUUGCCACUGGAGCCAACAACUUCAGUUUUAAUAAAGAACUUGUCUCCAUUCAAAUAUCUGGAACCUCCGGGACUAUUUCAACCAUACCAAAGGACAAGUCAAACACAGUUGAUUCCACAACUACAGUCCCACUAGCCACCACAGAAUUGUUUGAGGACGCGCUAUCCACGACCACAUAUAUUGCCACCACGGUCCCAGUGGUUGCAGUUCUACUGGUUGGUGUAUUGGGGAUUGUUUGGUUCUUCAAGUACAGGAAAAGGUCCAGGGGUGUCACUAAGCAAGAGUCUGGAUAUUAUGCUAAUUUCACCAUGACAACUCCAACGACCAAACCUGAAAGAGUCAAAACUACAAAGAAGAAAGAUGACGCCCAAAUUCCUCCUCCAAAGGUCAUCGAUGAGCCCGUCUAUGGCAACGUGCAGGGUCCAGACGAUCCGAUGGACAGUAUGGAUCAAAUGGACAGUGUAUAUGCAAAUGUGGAUCAUGCAAAACAGUGAUGAAGCUGCAUCUCAGAUAUCAGCACUGCUUAAUAAUACUUGUUGAAUGUGUGUGUGUGUGUGUGUGUUUUAUCUUGAUUGUUUUCUUGUCAAAAGGCAGCUUACAGUGUCAGCCCUCAUUUUUCAUAUCCUGUUUGACUUUCACUUGGUUAGACAAUAAUAUGUGAAGUUUGUUUGUUAAAUGUAAUAUACAUAAUUCAGUAUGUAACUAUUUUUUAAAUGACUGGCUUUCAAAUAAACAUACUUA